CGCAGGAGCCAGCCCCGCUCCGCACGCUGCCCGGUGAGCUCACUGGAUACCCACGCGAGGAAACAACCAAUGGCAACAUGCAGCUCCCGGGGCUGCAGUAAAUACGGUCACAGGCUGAGCCCCCCCCCGCCCAGCACCGUGCUGCUGCCGCUGCUGCACCCUUGGCCCGGCUGCCUGCAACAGCCCCCUGCACAAGUGCAAAGCAGCGCCCGGGGCGGGGUUGUAUCGCGCGCUGCCCUCCCGCUUUGGGAAACCCGCACCCCAUUGGGGUUCCUCUGUGUGAAGUAGUUUUCGGGGGGGGGGGGCAGCUGUGUGUGUGUGUGUGUGUGUGUGAGGGGAGCAACUAGUUGCACGCCCUAAAGUGAGGAGAGUGGUUGCUUUCUCCCUUACCAGCCCCCCUCCUCCUCCCCCUCAAUCCCGUUUGCUCUGGGUUGCGGUGUGUGGCGAAGGGGGGGGGGGGGGAAGAGCCGUGGAGGGGGGAUGUCCUGUUGUUUUGCCGGAGGAGCAGCGCAAAAGGGGAAGCUCGACUUGAAGAAGGGGCGAGAAUCAACAACCCAGGAGCAGCCGGCGCAGAGAGGCAGCGGCGUGUCCCCGCACCAGAAGAUAAAGAAAACGUGCACAGAAUCAGAUGUUUCAGAGGCUCAGAAUUCCAGGUCUAUGGAAAUGCAGGAUCUAACCAGUCCUCAUAAUCUUGUUGGAAGCAGUGAUAAUCCGAGUAGUUCCAAACUGGAUAAAUCUAAUCUCAGCAGCACAUCCAUCACAACAAAUGGAACAGGAGUGUCUCUUCUUGCAGUCAAAACAGAGCCCAUGAACAGCAGUGAAACAACCACCACCACCACAACUGGAGAUGGAUCGCUUGACACUUUUACUGGGUCAGUAAUAACAAGUAGUGGCUACAGUCCAAGAUCAGCACAUCAGUAUUCGCCGCAGAUAUAUCCCUCCAAGCCCUAUCCACACAUUCUUUCUACACCAGCAGCUCAAACAAUGUCUGCAUAUUCCGGACAGACCCAGUAUUCAGGAAUGCAACAGCCUGCAGUCUAUACAGCCUACUCGCAGACUGGACAGCCUUACAGUUUACCUGCUUAUGACUUGGGUGUAAUGUUGCCAGGCAUCAAGACGGAAAGCGGGCUUUCGCAAACACAGUCACCACUGCAGAGUGGGUGCCUCAGUUACAGUCCGGGGUUUUCCACACCACAGCCAGGCCAAACACCAUAUUCUUAUCAAAUGCCAGGUUCUAGUUUUACACCCUCAUCUACUAUUUAUGCAAAUAAUUCAGUCUCAAAUUCUACAAACUUCAGUAGUUCACAACAGGAUUAUCCAUCCUACACAGCUUUUGGCCAAAACCAAUAUGCACAGUAUUAUUCAGCAUCAACAUAUGGAGCAUAUAUGACCUCAAACAACACAACUGAUGGCACGUCUUCCUCAUCAUCAACCUAUCAGCUACAGGAAUCUCUCCCUGGCCUGAAUAGUCAACCAGGUACAGAUCUUCAUCCAGGGGAGUUUGACACAGUACAGAGCCCCUCAACACCAAUCAAAGAUCUUGAUGAGAGAACGUGUCGGAGUUCUGGGUCAAAGUCUCGGGGUAGAGGGCGGAAGAAUAAUCCAUCACCCCCUCCGGACAGUGACUUGGAGCGUGUAUUUGUUUGGGAUUUGGAUGAAACGAUCAUCGUUUUCCAUUCGCUGCUAACAGGAUCCUAUGCACAAAAAUAUGGCAAAGAUCCACCAAUGGCAGUGACCCUGGGCCUGCGAAUGGAAGAAAUGAUUUUUAAUCUUGCUGAUACACAUUUGUUUUUUAACGACUUGGAGGAAUGUGAUCAAGUUCAUAUAGAUGAUGUUUCUUCUGAUGACAAUGGGCAAGACCUAAGUACCUACAGUUUUGCAACUGAUGGCUUCCAUGCAGCUGCAAGUAGUGCAAACCUUUGUCUGCCAACAGGUGUAAGAGGAGGGGUUGACUGGAUGAGGAAGCUGGCUUUCCGUUACAGAAGAGUAAAAGAAUUGUAUAAUACUUACAAGAACAACAUUGGAGGUCUCCUUGGCCCUGCUAAAAGAGAUGCGUGGCUGCAGUUAAGAGCAGAGAUUGAAGCUCUGACCGACUCCUGGUUGACAAAUGCACUUAAAUCAUUAUCAAUUAUUAGCACUAGGAGUAACUGUGUAAACGUUUUGGUAACAACCACCCAACUCAUCCCAGCACUUGCAAAGGUCCUGUUGUAUAGUUUAGGUGGUGCUUUUCCUAUUGAAAAUAUUUACAGUGCAACCAAAAUAGGCAAAGAAAGCUGUUUUGAGCGUAUAGUGUCCAGAUUUGGCACUAACAUAACUUAUGUUGUGAUUGGAGAUGGACGAGAUGAGGAGCAUGCAGCUAACCAGCACAACAUGCCUUUCUGGAGGAUAUCAAGUCACUCGGACCUCUUGGCGCUACAUCAAGCACUGGAACUAGAGUAUUUGUAACUGUGUUCUAUAGUUGGCGAUCCUUUUUUAUAUUUCAAGUACACUGAAUUUUUAUGUGUGAUUCGAUGCCUCUGGCUUAACACAUAUGAAUUGUCUUAAGAAGGGAAGAAAUAUUUGGAAUGAAAAUUCCACAAUGAAGAAUUCAGAUUGCUGAAUGGAGUUAAAAUGUUAGCGCUACAUAAGGAAGCUCUAUGGUCUUAUAUAUGCAACAUUUUUAACGAAUAAAAACUAUGGAGGUUGCUGAUACACACCAAAUCAGCCCUAAUGGGAGCGAACAAAGGACUCAUGAUGGCAAAGCACCAACAUGCGUUUUCUGACCGACACGGUGGUGGUCAACAACAUUCCUCAAUAUGGGGUAUACUCUCAGCACUGAGGUUUGAACCAGACUUUAGCCUACCUAACCCAGAAAAUCUGAAUUGGAAUGCACUCAGACUGUAUAAUGACAAUCCUGUCUAGAUCUGUAAUUUGUGUAAAUUAUUGAUGAAAAUAAUUUACUGUGACUUUAUUAGCAGCUGAUUUUUGGAAGUGGAUGCAAUUUUUCUUUUUGGGGGGAGGGGGUGGGGAAGGGUUAUAUAAUAUUGUCUCUUUUCUAAGUUUGGCAAACAGAAUGUGCAUAAUGAUGUGUUGUGCCUUAAAGACAAGACUGUGUUUGUGUGUUACAAUGUAAUUUUGGUUAAAAACUAUGUAGAUAAACAAAAAAAAAAGUUGUGAAAUUUUUUUGACAUGACCAAAUUUCAAAUUCAAGUAAUCAAAAAGCAGGGCUGCACCAAAAGCGUUUGUUUUAGUAAGAAAAAAAUAAAGGAAAGUUUGUGGUUUUUA